AUCAAUGUGGGGUAGUCGGUCGUUUGAGGUACAAGUGUCAUUUGUUGACAACACCACCAAACCCAUAUGUGCAUCCAGGGAAUAGAUAUGAUAUAACCACACCCACUGGACCCCUGGGACCAGAAGGAUCACAGGUAAGAUUUCAUAGAAGGGAGGAACCUUAUGGAAAUAUGAAUAGUCAGGAUACUGGUGGGAAAAGAAUAGAUGAGGUAAAUGGAGGAAAAGAACAGGAGUAUGCCCUGCCUGACGAAAUGAAUGUAGCAAAGGCAAGCCCAAUCACACAGGGUCAUUCGUCAGUCCUGAUGGGUAUGGUAGUAGAACUAGUUAGUGAGAGGGUGGAAGGACGGCAAAGUGGAAAGGGAGAGGAUGAGAUUCAGAGGAGUUUGUCAGCUAACUGGAACCAGGGUAUAAUUAUUCAAGAUAUGCCUGACUUGAAGGUGGAACUAGCAGAGGAGUUUGUCAGGGAAUUGAUAGGAAGUGAGAGGGCAUAUGGGAAUAGACUUAGUCAUGAGGAACCAGAAGUUAUGGCUGGUGAAAGAGCCUGGUUACGAAGUCAGCUUACCGAAUCAUCUGGUUCUCAGGAGCCAGGACAUCACUGGACCCAGUGGUUGAUCAGAAGAGAAUGAAAAAGCAUCUGUCACAAAGGAAAGUAGUACAUCCGCCGAUAAGAUUGAUGGCAGGAGAGACAGGGUUUGAGUUUGUCGCAGGCUUUCGUGACAGACAGGUGACGGGUCUUACCUGGGGGCAAUUUUUCAACCUUUCUCCAGAAGGCAAAUGUCAGUUUGUUCGACUUAUGGUACAAGAGAC